AGCGGGAGAGGGACACAGAAGGAGAACAAAAAAAAAAAAAAAAAAACUCAUCCGAUCAUAGCCUUUGAUAUAACUUCUCACUGCUGAAUCUCCACCGUUAAUCUCAUCAGCGGCUGUAGCUCUCUCUCGGUCGCUGCUCGCCGUCCAUUUUCUCAUCGCCACAGUAUUGGCUUGCUUCCUUGAUGCAGCAGUUUCACGACAUUUUAUAUCUGCUUUUACUUUACAGAAUCUGUUCCAAUGUAAAAUUAAGACUUACCAAUCGAAUUCAACUGGGUUGAUUAUGAAAGUUUACAACGCCAACUUUUCCAUUCAAGUUUUGCCAGCAUUUAAGUUUGGCGUCUGCUUGAGAGAAAAGCUCUCUGCUGUCGCCAUCUCCACUGCUGGCACUAAACUCUACCGGUUCUCCUCUUCAUUUCACAUAUCUUGAUCCAAACUGCUCUGUUAUAACUGGAUGGCUGUUGCAGCAUUUAAGGGACUCUUUAAUGGUGAAUGUUGUGGAAAUAAGAGAAUGGAAAGAUCACCUUCUGGAAGAAGACGUGUAUUUGUUCAGACUGAAACUGGCUGUGUUCUUGGUAUAGAGUUAGAUAGGAGUGACAAUGCGCAUACUGUGAAAAGGAAACUACAAGUUGCUCUUAAUAUUCCAAUAGAGGAGAGGUCUCUCGUAUAUGGGGAUGUGGUGCUGAAGAAUGACCUAAGUACUGUAAGGAAUGAUUCUCCACUUCUUCUCACGAAAAACUUCAUGCACAGAAGCUCAUCUACUCCAUGCCUCUCACCAACCGGCAAGGAUAUUCAACAGAGAGAUCAGAGUGGUCCUAUUGAGAUAUUAGUAUGUUCAAAUAAUUUUUCCAGGACAAAAAAACUGGUAAAGGAAAUUGUGAAGGCAAUGAAGAUUGGCAUUGAUCCCCUUCCAGUAUGUGGUGGGUUAGGAGGUGCCUACUAUUUUCGAAAUUGCCAGGGUGAAAAUUGUGCAAUUGUGAAACCAACUGAUGAAGAACCUUAUGCCCCAAACAACCCAAAAGGUUUUGUUGGCAAAUCCCUUGGGCAGCCGGGACUGAAACGCUCGGUACGUGUUGGAGAGACCGGCUUUAGGGAGGUUGCAGCUUAUCUUCUUGACUAUGAUAAUUUUGCCAAUGUGCCCUCUACUGCUCUUGUGAAGGUCACACACUCUAUUUUUAAUGUGAAUGACGGAGUGAAUGGAAACAAGCAGCAAGAGCAAAAGGAGGUUAGCAAGAUUGCUUCUCUGCAGCAGUUCAUCCCUCAUGAUUUUGAUGCCAGUGAUCACGGGACUUCAAGCUUUCCAGUUUCUUCUGUACACAGGAUAGGGAUAUUAGAUAUUCGCAUCUUGAACACUGAUAGGCAUGCUGGAAAUCUUCUGGUCAGGAAAAUUGAUGGAGAUGGAGGACUGAGUCAAGUGGAGCUUGUUCCGAUUGAUCAUGGUCUAUGCCUUCCAGAAAACCUGGAGGACCCUUACUUUGAGUGGAUCCAUUGGCCGCAGGCAUCAAUUCCUUUCUCAGAGGAUGAGCUUGAAUAUAUAUCUCAUCUUGAUCCAUUUCGAGAUUCUGAAAUGCUUAGAAUGGAGCUUCCAAUGAUUCGAGAGGCAUGUCUUCGCGUCUUGGUUGUUUGCACAAUUUUCCUCAAAACAGCAGCAGUUUUUGGUCUGUGUUUAGCUGAGAUUGGUGAGAUGAUGAGCAGGGAAUUUCAAGGCCAGGAGGAGGAGCCAAGUGAGCUUGAGUUCAUAUGUAUUGAGGCGAGAAGAUUGUUGGAGGAAAGGAAUAUGCUUUCCGAUAAUGUGAAAGCUGGAGAAAGUAAGUUUCAGUUUGAAAUUGACUGUGAGGAAGAAGUUGAUUUAACUUCUAAUGUAGAAAAGAAGUUGGCAUCCCAUGCUCAUUGUAGGCCACUAGGUGGAAAUAUCCGGAAUCCACUUUCCAAGCUAGAUGAGAAUGCGGAGGAAUGGACAGAUGAUGAGGAGAAUGUAAUACCUCCAAGGUCAGAUGAACAUGCUUUUGUUGCUCAGGAUCGGGCUCCAACUGUUCCAAGACUGUCAAUGUCAAUGAAAAAUGUAAGCAUUGGAGAAAAGAGUUGGAGGCAUGAGGGUGCAAUGCAGAAAAGUGGCUAUUUGGCUGGCACAUCAUCUGGAAACAGAAGUGUGAAUGAACAGCUACCUGGAAGCACCAGUUUUGUCAAACUGGCUGAUAUGAGUGAAGAGGAGUGGGCACGGUAUCUUGAGAUUUUCCAUAAUUUGCUUUACCCGACAUUUUCUAAUCGUAAAUCAGGGAGUGUGGGUCAGAGGCAGAGACAGAGGCUUGGAACUUCAUGCCAGUUUUGAGUAGUUAAUCUUUUCAAAGUCUAGAAAUCAUAAAGCCAAAAUUUAAGGCUUGAGAGUUGUUGGAACCAGAAAGCAGAGUUAUGUUGGUAACUUAAAGGUUUUACCGUUAAGCAUGGACUUCAUUGAUGAGAUGGAGUUACUCUUAUUGGAUAUAGGGUACUACUUUUAGAUCAUGAAAACUGUGGUCACCAUUUGCAAUAGGUGUGAGGACUAUCAUUUAGAUUUCUUUGCCCAGAUCUCCCCCAACUUUUCUUUUCCCUUAAACUUUCAUCCUUUACACUUGGCUUUUUCUCUUUUUCUUUUUCCUCUGGGUUCCUUCAUAUAUAAAUAAUUUGUUCGAACUUUUCUGUAUUCCAAAGUUUGUAAUAUGAAAUAAAGUGUAUAUAGCUAUGAUAUUGUAGAUCUGGAUUAA